CUGGCCACUUCCAGAACUCCACAGAGCCCUUCUGUCUCUGCAGCCAACAACUCACAGCGCCUUAUUCCAGUGCAAAAUACCCCCAAACCUUACAGGCAAUUUUUACUUCUGUUCGGUUUAGGUCGGCAGGAGGCUCCUCGGCGGUGCCCGGCCGGGCGCUGGUGCGGCUGCGGGGGUUUGGGCAGCCCCUCGGGCUGGCCCCGGCCCCGGCCCCCGCCGGGCUCGCAGCGGAGGGCAGCGGGCGCCCGCCCAGCCGCAGGGCCAUGUUCUACUUCCACUGCCCCCCGCAGCUAGAGGGCGCUGCCCCCUUCGGAGGCCACUCCGCCGGCGACUUCGACGACGGGUUCCUGCGGAGGAAGCAGCGCCGCAACCGCACCACCUUCACCCUGCAGCAGCUCGAGGCACUGGAAGCCGUCUUUGCUCAAACUCAUUACCCCGAUGUCUUCACCAGGGAAGAGCUGGCGAUGAAAAUCAACCUCACGGAAGCCAGAGUGCAGGUGUGGUUCCAAAAUCGAAGAGCUAAAUGGCGGAAAACAGAGAGAGGUGCUACGGACCAAGAGGGCUCUAAGGAAACAAUGGCUGAGGUGGCGCCUCCUGCGAGGAAUCUAAAUUCUCCUUCUCCAGCAGAUCAAAGCAGGAAUAAAAAAGAGGGUCUGGAGAUCCAACAGAGCCUGAGUCGAGCAGUGGGUCCGACAGGACCUUUCUUUCCUUCCUGCCUGCCGGGAACUCUUCUCAACACAGCCACCUACGCACAAGCUUUAUCCCAUGUAGCCUCUCUAAAAGGGAGCCCGCUGUGCUCAUGCUGCGUUCCAGACCCCAUGGGCCUCUCCUUCCUGCCCACCUACGGCUGCCAAAGUAACCGCACCGCCAGCGUGGCCGCUCUGCGCAUGAAGGCUCGGGAGCACUCGGAGGCUGUGCUCCAAUCUGCCAACCUCCUGCCCAGUGCCAGCAGCAGCCCCACUCCUCCCACUAAGCCUGGCCUCGAGGGCAGCCAGGACAAGCAGCCCUCUCCAGCCAAGGAGCACAUCGAAGGAGAGAAGAGCGUAUGAGGCCGGACUGGCACCGGUCCCUCAGCCACUGGGGCUCUGCUGCAGGGUGGACUGCGGUGUGGCCAUGUCUUGGCAGGACAUCACAGUCAUGGAGCCACCAAGGACCUGGCAAUUCUGAGUGGCCUCUUCGACUGCCUUUCUCGCACCCUUGCUUUCCUUGCGCUGCUGUAGGUUCAUUCCUCUGAUUUAUUGGCACUAUCUGUGUUUGAAAAUGUUCAUGAAACUUUUUUUGGUCCCCUUCCACAUCCCAGGGACACUGAAAUGCCCAAGAUCCUGAUUUGCUCCUGCACACCUCAGCUUCCCAUCCUGUGUUAGAUGGAGGGCUGGCAGCAGGGCAGUGCUUCCAGACAUGAAGUCCGGGGCAGGAGGCACAUCCAGUCAUCAUUUACUCCACUGUGCACAGCAGAAGUGAAGGAAUACACAGGUAUAAACCAGCUUGGCCUGCUUUUUACCGAUGGCAUUUGACAUCAAACAAAUCUAUCCCAGGCAAGCCAGGUGUAAGAGAAACAGAAAACAGAAUGAAACUAGAUUGUUUUCCUUCUCCCUUCUUUUCUCUGAAACUUCCCAUGUAGUAGAGCAUUGGGAAAUUGCUGAAAUCAGUUUACCUGUGAAUAAAAUCCUAACACUAGUCUCUAUGUGAACAUUAGUCUGUUACCCUUGCCAUUCUCUGGGUUAGACAUAAAAGACACAUGACUCCAGAGCAGCAUUCACAGCUUCGAACAGUAAUGCUGGUAUGUCAUGGAGAGUGAAAUUAGGUCUAGAUCUGCACAAAGCUGGAGGUAUUUUAGCAUCAUUCUCUUGGAAAGAAAGACUGGAAAACAAAAUACUCCUGCAUUGCAACACCGCAAAUGUGUCCUUGCUUGUUGUGUCUUCAAUAAAAAGGAGAUAAAGCUUGGAAGGAUGUUCUUUAUGCCAUCGAAAAUUAGACUGUUUCAUUCACUGAAAGCUUGUAAUUAAUCUAGAUAGGACAAUGUCUUAAUAAUUACUGAGUGGGUGCAGUGCAAAGGAGAAAUUGAUGCCUCAGGAAAUAUUGUCUUAUCUCUGACCUAGAACUCCCCAAAGCAAAUCAGAUUAAGAUAUGAUGUCAUAGAGCAGGCAUUUUAAUCUGGGUUGCCCCACGGGAAAUGCAGAUUCAGAUUUAAACUUAGUGUCACAGACAUGCUUUUCUCAGAUGCCUUUUACAGGCUCCUUAGGCUUGUCCACGAGACAUACCUAGAGAACAGGUUGAAACCAUUGCUCUGAAACUUGAACAAGUAACGUGGAGGCAAAUGGAAGGAUUCUUGUCAGCUCUGAAGGUCUUCAGAGCAGAUCCUUUACGAGAACGUUGCUAAGGUCUGUCUUAGUCCCAACAAGAUGCUCUUCAUUACAGCCCUAAAAGUGGUUCUCUUUAACUCUCAGGCUGAUUUUGGCACAGGAUAUUGGCUAGCAGAGCCUGCAGGUUUUCAUUUACG